GCAGUUAGGUUGGUUCGUUGCUUCCACCCCCCUCCCCUCCCCUCUCCCACCCACGACUCCUCGAGCCAAGCAACCGCGGCGCCGAGAGCCCCAGACCGACGGACGGAGACCAAGCCGGAAAAGAAAGCCAGCCACAGGCGGCGGAUCCCUGACUCGCCGACGAGACCCAGAGAGAACCCUACCUACUCCAUCCAUUGCCUAAGGCCAGGAGCGGGGCGGGGCGGAGGGGAGCUGAGCCGUCGACUCGACUCGACUCUGCUCCAGCAGGCAGCAAGGUCGGCGAUUCGGAUCCCCCGCCGGCGAUUCUUGCGAUUCGCGCGCGCCGGAGAUCCGGAUUCCCCUCGCCCCUGCCGCGCCGCCGUACAGAGGAGGGGAGGAGGGGAAGGGGGCGGAGGAUCCAUGUCCCAGCCGCACAGGCGCAGCACCGGGAACGGCGGGGCGGUCUCAGGCGCGGGCGGGGGAGGGGACUACAUCAAGUCAUGGAUCAUGUGCGGCAACCUGCAGCGCAGCUUCGGCUCCCUCGUCCGCGAGCCCUGCGGCCUCAACCCGGACCCCUACUACCUCAAGGGGGGCAAAAUGCUCAGGCCAGAGAAAUGGAACGCGUGUUUCGACACCGACGGAAAGGUCAUCGGCUUCCGUAAGGCCCUCAAGUUCAUUGUCUUAGGGGGCAUGGAUCCCUCUAUUCGAGCAGAAGUUUGGGAGUUUCUUCUUGGGUGCUAUGCCUUAAGUAGCACAACAGAGUAUAGGAGGAAACUAAGAGCCGCUCGAAGGGAGAGAUAUCAAUGUUUAGUUAGGCAAUGCAAGAGUAUGCACCCAAGCAUUGGUACAGGUGAGCUUGCGUAUGCUGUUGGCUCAAAGCUGAUGGAUGUCAGGACUAUGCCAAAAGAAAAUGACAGUAGAGAAGAAGUCAGCACAAGUCAACGAGACUCAGAAAAUGCACCUGGCAGUACAGUAGAAAACUCCAACUUAAAUUAUGACUCUGGUGGAGCACCACAGUCACAAAGCUGUAGCAAAUCAGCUGAAGUAGCUGGUUUCAACACACAUAAUGAUAGCCCUGUAUAUAAUUCAUCCAAAUUUAUGGUGUCCUCCACAGUGGUGAAUAGUUGCUUGUCAGAUUCUGGGGAUUACAAUGACAUGGGUGAACCAAGAUAUGACAGUGAGACAUUCAUGGAGUAUCCCUCCCUGCCUGGUACAAACUUGUUCGCAAAUGAUGGUGGGGAUGUCAAUGGGGUUGACGAAAGUCUUUGUAGUUUCUCAGUUCCUGAAGAUAGGUUAAGACAACGUGACGAAUGCAUGCACAGCUUCCAAAUCAAUAAUAACAUAGAUCUCAUUAUGGAGUCCAAUUCCAGUGAUCUGUUUCAGGCUAGCAACAGCGACUCAGCCAUCUUUCACUCUGAUGCGUUCAAACAGGAUAGAUGGUUAGAUGACAUUGGCUACAACAGGGAAAUAGUAGAUUCUUUGAAGAUAUCUGAUGCGCCAGAAGCAGAUUUUGUUGACGGAACCAAAUCCGACAGUCCAGUCGCAAACAAAGACAGAGUCGCCGAGUGGCUAUGGACACUGCAUAGAAUUGUGGUCGAUGUUGUCAGAACAGAUAGCCAUCUUGAUUUCUAUGGAGAAUCAAGAAAUAUGGCGAGAAUGUCAGAUAUACUUGCAGUUUAUGCAUGGGUUGAUCCUUCCACUGGAUACUGUCAAGGUAUGAGCGAUCUGCUUUCCCCUUUUGUUGUUCUAUACGAGGAUGAUGCAGAUGCCUUUUGGUGUUUUGAGAUGUUACUGAGAAGGAUGCGUGAAAAUUUCCAGCUCGAGGGACCGACAGGAGUUAUGAAGCAGUUGGAAGCAUUGUGGAAGAUCAUGGAAUUGACCGAUACGGAAUUAUUUGAGCAUUUAUCAGCAAUUGGUGCGGAAAGCCUCCAUUUUGCUUUCCGGAUGCUGCUAGUGCUUUUUCGUCGAGAGCUAUCUUUUGAGGAGUCGCUGAGCAUGUGGGAGAUGAUGUGGGCUGCUGAUUUUGACGAAGAUGCAAUUAGGAAUUUGGAAGCAAACUGCCUAGAACCAUUGCUACUGGAUGUGAAGAAUGAUUUUUCAUGUGAGGUCAAAGAAGAGUCCCGGGUGAACAAGUACACGAGAAGAAAAUCCAAAAGUAGGAGAUCCCAUCGUAGAAAUGGUGAAAUCCGCGUGUCUUGCAACCCUGGAGUGAAAUCUAGUACAAGAAAUCCCCUGUGUGGCUUGUCAGGUGCCACUAUCUGGGCAAGGCAUCAACAUAUGCCUCAUUUGAGUACAAAUGUCUUGACAAAGAAUGGAGACGACGAACUGCCUAUAUUCUGUGUAGCAGCAAUCUUGAUAAUCAAUCGACACAAGAUUAUUAGAGAUACUCACUCAAUAGAUGAUGCUAUCAAGAUGUUCAACGACAAUAUACUGAAAAUCAAUGUAAAGAGAUGCGUGCGCCUGGCUGUCAGGCUGAGGAAGAAGUACCAGUACAAGUUACUAAAAGGAGGUUCAGAGAAUCAACCACCCGACGACUUAAUUUCCACCGCCGGUGCGGCCUCUGCUUUGUCGAAGAUGCUGGGCGGACUGUACGGCGACCUCCCGCCGCCCACCUCGGCGGCCGGCGACGACGACAAGCCGACGGCCUCCGUCUGGUCGAGCGCCACCAAGAUGGCGCCGCCGACCCUCCGCAAGCCCUCCGCGACCUUCGCCCCUCCCACGUCCCUCCUCAGGAACCAGCACCCCCGCCCCGCCGCUCCCAAGCCCAGCGCCGCGCAGCCGCCGCACCCCCUCCCCCUCGCCUCCGCCACCACCACCACCACCACCGCGGCCUCCUUCCACCCCGCCCUCGUCGCCGUGCAGUCCACCGUGCUCGAGGAGUACGACCCCGCCAGGCCCAACGACUACGAGGACUACCGCAAGGAGAAGCUCAAGCGGGCCAAGGACGCCGAGAUGAAGAAGGAGCUCGACCGGAGGCGCCGCGAGGACCAGGAGAGGGAGAGGGAGCGCGAGCUGAGGGAGGCCGAGGCCCGCCUCCGCGAGGAGCAGUCCAGGGCCUCCUCCCUCAACAUAUCCGGCGAGGAGGCCUGGAAGAGGAGGGCCGCCAUGAGCGGCGCUGGCGGCGGCGCUACUCCUCAGAGGGCCUCGUCUCCGCCCCACGGCGAUGCCAGUGGCUUCUCCAUCCCAGGCUCCUCCUCCUCUGGAUUGGGCCUGGGCGCUGGCGGCCAGAUGACCGCUGCCCAGAGAAUGAUGGCCAAGAUGGGGUGGAAGGAAGGCCAGGGGCUUGGCAAGCAGGAGCAGGGAAUCACAGCGCCUCUGGUUGCUAGGAAGACCGACCGGAGGGCAGGGGUUAUUGUCGAUGAGAGCAGUUCCAGGAGGCCCAGAUCAGCCAACUUUGAAGGCCAGCCCACCAGAGUAGUGCUUCUGCGCAAUAUGAUUGGUCCGGGCGAGGUUGACGACGAGCUGGAAGACGAGAUUGCCUCGGAAUGCUCCAAGUUUGGGGCUGUGUUACGCGUGCUGAUAUUCGAGAUCACCCAGGCAAACUUCCCCGCGGACGAAGCAGUGAGGAUCUUUGUGCUGUUCGAGAGGACAGAAGACUCGACCAAGGCGUUGGUUGAACUGGAAGGGCGCUACUUUGGCGGACGCAUAGUGCACGCGACCUUCUUCGACGAGGGAAGGUUUGAGAGGAACGAGCUUGCUCCGAUGCCCGGGGAAGUACCAGGGUUCGACUAAACCUUAAUAAGCAGACUAAAGAACUGGACGUUGGUGUCUCGGAUGUAACUUAAUCUAGAGCAUGAACGCAGUGUUUUUCUUUCCUUUUGAGGACAGUUUACAACAUGUUGGUGAAUGUUGGCCUAUUGCCACUUAUUGUUGUAGAGUUGUUAUUAUACUCAACUUCUGGGUGUAGAGGUGAGUAUCUGCAUCGCA